AUGGCAGUGACGCCGAACUGCUCCAAGCGGUCUUGUGAACCCGAUCUUGGUCUGCAUGCGAUGAUGGCUAAUUUGCCUGUCCGUGUAUUUGAGUCCGCACCUGGAAAGAUUCUUGAAUGUAUCGUCCAGAGGAUUUGGUUCGCCGUCCUCGCUCAUCGCUUUACCGUGUGCUCUUGCAAUCGGACAAGCAUCACAUGCCGAUACGCGACACGAAACUACGCCGCCCUGCCGAAACAGACUCCUCCACCUCCCAAGCCAUACUCAUCCUCAAUAUCUGCUCCCGAGAUACGACAUCAAGCAGAUGUGCAACCCGGCUGGAUCAAGCGGAAGAAAAGCGACGACGAUGAAGACUUUGUACCCCAACCGCUGAGCAGGCCAAUCGGGAUGCCCAAUCCUCCUCGACCAGGCGAGAACAUGGGCAUCGAUCAACGCUCUCUCAAGCAGCGAAGGGACGACUUUGUCGACUACGAUAAACACCUCCAACGUCGGGCGAAGAUGACGAAGCAGAUCUCAAAACCAUACUUCCGGGACUGGAGUAAUUUGCGAUUCAACAAGGGCAAGAUCUUCAAGAGCAAUGACCGUCUGUUCCGCAGCGAAACGAGUCUUUGGUUCCCGAACUUCUAUGGGCAGACUUUGGCGAAAGGCUUGCAAAAGCUCGAUAAAAAGGAUGGAUACGGAGGAUUGGGACGAGAUACCUGCGAAGCUAUGAAAGGCAAGAUAUCGAUUGUGAGCAUCGUAUCGAAUAUGUGGGCAAAGGCACAGGUCGACUCCUUCAUAUCGCCCAAGCAGAAUCCCGAACUGCACGGUCUGCUUCAAGAAAACCAAGAUGUAGCUCAGCAGGUCUGGCUGAAUCUUGAGAGCAAUGUUUUGAAGUGGUGGAUACUGCGCCUGUCCGCGUCCAAUCUGCGGAAAGGAUUGUCGAAGGAGGAACAGCGUCGCUACUUUUUGGUGCGCCGAGGGGUGAGUGAUAUCAUGAAAGAAGCCAUUGGACUGCUCAAUGAUAAGGUUGGCUAUGUGUACGUUCUCGACGAGGAUUGUAGGAUUCGCUGGGCUGGAAGUGCAGAUGCUGAGCCCAAUGAGCGGGAGAGCAUGGUCAGGUGUUUAAAGAGGCUUAUUCGGGAGUCCAAGCUGCCAGCCGAGAAGAGAGCGGAGGCCAGUCAGUUGGAGGACGCGGUGGAGGAGGUCACUGAAGAGCCCAAACUUGCGGCUGCAGCGUGA